GACGCGCCCCGUCCCGCCUCCUUCCCCCCCACGCCAGCAGGCGGCUAUGGGACCGGUUGGUACGGCGGCGGUGCGAGAUGGCGGCGCCGCGCUGCCCGGCGGCUUCUGGGCGGCGGUGCGCGUCUGGCUGGAGAAGCCGCAGGUGGCCAACAGGCGGCUGUGCGGCGCCGCCAUCGAUGCAGAGGGGACGGUGCUGCUCGGGGAAGGCGAGGAAGGGUUUCCCCGCCUCACCGCCGUGCCGGGAGGAGGGAGAGAAGAAGGGGCUGCGGAGCUGGGCCGGCUGUGGAGGGAGGUGAGCGGGCACCUGCCGCCCUCCCUCACGGCCCGGGGCCGGCCGGGCUCCGAGCUCCGCGCCGUGCUGAGGACGCUACUGCCCCGGGCGCGGCCCGCCGGGCCCCCUGCCCCUCUGACGAAGGAGCUGGUGGUACAAGAUGUUUACAAUGGAACUGCGACCUUUCUGCCUUUGGAGAAAAACAGGGAAGGAAAAUACCAGAUUAAAAAGUGCAAUAUUUAUCAAAUUCAGCUUACGCACAUAAAAGAUAAAGAAUGGUCUGUGUCUAUUGUAGCUCCGUCUUCAGAAGAUUGGUUUUCAGAUGGAAUUACAUACCCCAAACUAGCAUGGCUUGGAAAUGAACUUUUGUCCAAACUGGCUAAGUGGUCUGUGGAGCAAAAGCACAGUGAGUUUAGAAGUACACUCUCACUCAUUUCUGUAGCAAAGUACAGCAACGUUUAUCAAGAACUUAAAGAAAAAUACAAGGAGAUGGUAAAGGUAUGGCCUGAAGUAACAGAUCCUGAGAAGUUUGUAUAUGAAGAUGUUGCCAUUGCUACUUACUUGCUGAUUCUCUGGGGAGAAGAGAGAAAGGAAAAAGGAUUGGCCAAGAAACAGUCAUUUGUAGAUCUUGGAUGUGGAAAUGGUCUACUGGUUCAUAUUCUCAGCAAUGAAGGGCACUCUGGUAGAGGAAUUGAUGUGAGGAGAAGAAAAAUAUGGGACAUGUAUGGACCAGAAACUCAUUUAGAGGAAUCCUCUAUCAUGCCAGGUGACAGUCAUCUAUUUCCAGAUACUGAUUGGCUGAUAGGAAACCAUUCAGAUGAAUUAACACCAUGGAUACCUGUAAUUGCAGCCAGGUCUUCCUAUUCGUGUAGCUACUUUGUGCUGCCAUGUUGCUUCUUUGAUUUCCAUGGAAAAUACAGCCGAAGACAAAGCAAGAAGACUCAGUACAGAGAAUAUCUUGAUUUUGUUGCUGAAGUGGGAUCUGUAUGUGGUUUUCACGUGGAAGAAGACUGCCUUAGAAUUCCAUCAACAAAAAGGGUGUGCCUUAUUGGAAAAAACAGGACCUAUCCACCUACAGAAUGUGCUUUGAUUGACAAUCAAAUAACACAGUAUAUUCAUAAUCGUCAGACUUGUGCUGUGGUUGCAUGUGACAGAGGAGUUGGAUUUAAUCAAAAAGAUUGCUCUGAUGACGUAUGCAAAGAAGCAGCCUCAGAACUUCCUGAAAAUGAAAUGGAAACUGCUGGUAGAAUUUGGAUGCCUGGAUUUCAACCCAGAGAAAAAGUAGAACAGAUCAGAAAUUGUGCUGCCCUCCCUCGAGAUUUUGUAGAUGAUGUGGUUCUGAAUGUGGCAAAUUUGCUAUUAAAUGCGGUCCCCCAAAAAUCAUGUUCUAAUACUCACGGUGGAAAUAUGAAUACCUGGAAUCAAGGAGAAAGCCUUUCCUUGAGAGAAGUAGCAGAACAUUUAAAUAAAGAGACUUUAAAGAGGCUGAAGAGUGAAUAUGGAGGCUUACAGACACUGCUCAAGAACAAUCAUCAAGUAUUUGAAGUUCUAAAUGGGAGAGUUCAUAUUCGUGACUGGAGAAAAAAGAAGCCAUCAAUGAAAACUAAGCCUGAAGUAAAACGAUGCCUUUCAGCUGAAGCAUAUAAAACACGCCUCUGUUGGUUUUUCAUUCAUCAUCCGAAUGGUUGUGCUUUGCCUUCUGAAUCUUGCCCAUAUGCUCAUGGGACUGAGGAGUUAAGACAGUCUCAGACUAUUAAAAAGAAAAAACAUAUACAGUGAUAAAAAUCUGCCACUUAUGUUUAGGUUUGUGUGCAUAACUGAAUUUGACUUUGGGACCACUUGGUGCAUGAAGACCUGUAAAGUUUGGAGUUUUUUUCUCAUUUCUAUGUAUCUUAUUUUUCUAGUUGGUUUACAAGUUCUCCUGUAUUUUAAUUCUUUUAUUAUUGACAUGGAAAGGUUACAGUAAAAUGUAUACAUACUUUCGGAUUUUGUUUAUUUUCUGUAAAAGAAUGGCUUGUCUGACAUGCAUUUGUGUAAGUGCAAAAAGUUUACACUCUUCACAGUCCUUGAUCACAUCAGAUGUACGUGAUGUACUUGCAAACCCUAACAUUUAGUUGUUUUGUUCAAUACUUUCCAGGAUGAUUUAUGGUUUUUUACUACUCGCAGGGUCUCUUGGGAGUAGAAGUGGAUAGGCUUCACUCACUUCUGACUUGUGACAGCCUCUUUACUGUGGAGUAACGCUAAUUAUUAUCCUUCCUUUCUUGGCCAGACCUAGUCCAACAAAAGGAUUGUUGGAUUGAAGAAUAACUUCCUGGGAAGUUAUGGAGGUUAGAGAAAUUGCAUAGGAACUGAUUACAGGACAAGUAGGUUUAGGACUACGGGUAACUAACGCAUGUAAGAACUCUGUAAGAGCACAGGGACUCUGAAUCACAAAGAAUGGAAAUAAUUGAAGACCAAGCAAAUGAACAGUGAAAGAUGACACUGGAAAAGGGUUUCAAAAGUUUCAAAGCCGCUUUAUUUACUUCCUUUGCUUUCAGCCAACAAAUUGCAAAGAACUUUCUGAAGUGUCAUGUUCCUCUCUUCCAUUUCUCUUCUGAUCCUGGAAGAAGUGGCUCUUGGUAGAUAACAGCUAACCUAGGUUGGUUUUUAAUUACAUUUUUCCAAUGAAAGGGGAAUGAAAUACAUGCCUGACUCACUGAAGUCACAAAUACACACGUGGUAAGACUAAUGUAUUAAAUUUAAAACUAACUUUUGUUUUUCUUUGUGCAAUGCUAUGAUAACUAGUAUAUUAGUAUAGUACACUACUUCUGUUGUAUAGACCCAGUUCCCUAAACUCACCAACAUACAGCUCUGUCACAGAUUCCUGGUGGCUGUUCUUUCAGUUUGGCAUUGCUGCAGGUGGCAAGCCAUCCAACAAAUCUGUACUUUCCUGUUCUUUGGAAAAGUGGUAAGAGAACAUUCUUCCCCCUCAUUUUUGGGUAGAAAUGUUAGCCUUGUAUAAUUUCAAAUGUAAAUCUCAAGGUAACUGCCAAAAGCUUUUAAAAAAGCUCUAUUUUAUAUCAAUGCUGUAUCUUGUUGCUUUGUCUGUGAUCCACCAUCUUAGAAUGGCAUUAAUAUGAUAAUUGACAUUGGCAAUAGAUGAAAGCUGGUAGUGAGUAAGGAUCAGUUUUACUCUUAAUAAAAACCUGUUUACCCACAAGGCAUCUGAGCAUAAAAUCUCAAUGAUUGAUGUGACAGUGUCAUUUUACUGCUAGGUUUGUUAUCAUCACUACCCAUUAGUUAAUUUAGCUUUAUUUGAAACCUUUCAUUAUAGAGGGGAAACGGUUGCUGUUGUAGAUACUUCACGAGAGUGAGAGCAUUAGAGAGAAGAGUUGGAUGACAGAUUGUAAUCAUAGAAAUACUGGGAUCUAGAGAUUUUGUAAUUGCAUCUGUAGAAGAGUUACAGUUUCAAAUGGUCUAUAGUUGAAUAUUCUAAAUAGAAUAACAAAAAAUCUGAGUUUGCUUUCUCUCUUACACCUCAGUAAAGGACUGAAUUUUCAUUUUUCAUCAAGUCACUAAAACUGAAAUGAAAUCACAAGACCGUAUUUUCCUUAUGGAAUGUCUGAAUGUAUCUUCAGGACAGUCUAUUUUCUGGCACAUUUCAAACCAGUUCAGUUUUCUGUUUGUAUCAUUUGCAUUGUCUGUUUAUGAAGUUACUGUCAGUUACUUCAUGUUAUGUUAUUAGGUAGCCUGUAGCCCGUCGAGGAGUUCUUAACAGCUUGUCUGACAGCAAAUACAGGCUUCUAGGCAUGCUUUGUAAUAAAGUCAUGCUGCUCAUGAGUUUGGGGGCUUGUUUGUUCAGAUUCAAAGUUGUAAAUGAUAAUUAACACUUAAAUGGUCUUAAGGGCAUGCAUUUGUAAGCUGAAAUCUAGCUUCAUCUAGGAUAUAAAAUAAGCAAGAGUGAGCAGUCAUCAGCUU